AUGUACUCUACUCCAAUAGUCGACGCUGAUUUUGAAAAAGUUUAUGAACCAGCAGAAGAUUCUUUCUUACUUUUAGAUGCCUUAGAACAAGAACAAGCUUACCUUCAAAAAACAUUCAAAAACCCACUAGUUGUUGAAAUAGGUUCAGGUUCAGGUGUUGUCACUAUAUUUUGUCACAAAUAUAUAAUACCCAAUGGUCUCUAUAUAACUACUGAUGUGAAUCCACAUGCUUGUAAAAGUUCCAAGGCAACAAGUAUCAAAAAUGGUGGUGCAAAUUAUUUGGAUUCUAUACAGUCAGAUUUAACAACUUCAAUAAGAAAUAAUCAAAUAGAUAUUAUGAUUUUCAAUCCUCCUUAUGUUCCAGCUGAAGAAGUUCCAGAAAUACCUCAAACAGAAGAUGAUUAUAAAUGGUUGGAUCUUGCACUUUUAGGUGGUCCAGAAGGUAUGGAUGUUACAGAAAGAUUAUUAAAUAAUUUUGAUUCAAUUUUAUCAGAAAAUGGAAUUGCAUAUAUUUUGUUCUGUGCUAGAAAUAAACCUAAAGAAGUCACUGAAAAACUAAAAACCAAAGGUUGGAAUAGUGAACUUGUUAUUAAUAGGAAAGCUGGAUGGGAAGAUCUUUCUGUAUAUAGAUUUUUUAGACAAUAA